AUGGACAGCCGGGCGUGGGGUGCUCGCGUCCUCUGCUCCCUGAGCCCCCUACCAAUCGCGCUGGGCCACGUGCACCCAGAGUGCGACGUCCUCCCCCGGCUGAGAGAGGACGAGAGCGCCUGUCUGCAAGCAGCCGAGGGGCUGUCCAACGCCAGCCUGGGCUGCCCCUCGACCUGGGACGGGCUGCUGUGCUGGCCGGCGGCAGGCUCCGGCGAGUGGGUGACGCUGCCCUGCCCCGAUUUCUUCUCCCACUUCAGCGCGGAGCCAGGGGCCGUGAACCGGGAUUGCACCGUGACAGGCUGGUCGGAGCCCUUCCCGCCGUAUCCCGUGGCCUGCCCGGUGCCCCUGGAGCUGCUGGGGGAGGAGAAAUCUUACUUCUCCACGGUGAAGGUCAUCUACACCCUGGGCCACAGCGUGUCCAUCGUGGCUCUCGUGGUGGCCAUCGGCAUCCUGGUUGCUCUCAGGAGGCUCCACUGCCCCCGGAACUACGUCCACACCCAGCUGUUCGCCACCUUUAUCCUCAAGGCCGGAGCCGUGUUCCUGAAGGACACCGCCCUCUUCCACAGCGAGAACACGGACCACUGCAGCGUCUCCACUGCUCUGUGCAAGGUCUCCGUGGCCGCCUCCCACUUCGCCACCAUGACCAACUUCAGCUGGCUGCUGGCAGAAGCUGCCUAUCUGACCUGCCUCUUGGCCUCCCCGUCGCCCAGCACCAGGAGGGCCUUCUGGUGGCUGGUUCUCACUGGCUGGGGGCUUCCUCUGCUCUUCACUGGCACGUGGGUGGGCUGCAAGCUGGCCUUCGAGGAUGUUGCGUGCUGGGACCUGAACGACAGCUCCCCCUACUGGUGGAUCAUCAAAGGGCCCAUCGUCCUCUCUGUUGCGGUGAACUUUGGGCUUUUUCUCAAUAUUAUUCGCAUCCUGCUGAGGAAACUGGAGCCAGCUCAGGGCAGCCUCCAUGCCCAGUCUCAGUACUGGCGUCUCUCUAAGUCAACCCUUCUCCUCAUCCCGCUGUUUGGCAUUCACUACAUCAUCUUCAACUUCCUACCUGACAGUGCUGGCCUGGGCGUCCGCCUCCCCCUGGAGCUGGGGCUGGGCUCCUUUCAGGGCUUCAUGGUUGCCGUCCUGUAUUGCUUCCUCAACCAAGAGGUGAGGACUGAGCUCUCGCGGAGAUGGCGCGGCCUUAACCCUGAGCUUCUGCCAGCCCGGAGGACCCACGCCGAGUGGACGGCGCCCUUCCGCUCAGGGACGAGGGUGCUGACAUCUGUGUGCUAG